UUCAAAUUGACUGGUCGAUUUGACUCAUUUCAGUUGCUCUCCGACCUUGUCCGACUAUCGUUCGAAUGACAGAUACCGAAGAAAGCAAAACGCCCUAUUUCGAGCGUCGGUUGACUUACUCUGUGGCAAGUGCAGAAUCAACAACAACCCCAAAUGUUCUAAAGGAACAAAACAAUGACAAACAGAAACGAUCAAAAUGGAAAGAUCAGCUGAUGAAGACGGGCAGUAACUACAAGAGAGAGCAACGCCGCGGCGAAGAGUUGGAGAAUGUUGAUGCUUUGUCUGUCUCUACCAGUCAGAAGUCUCGAUCCGUUAAGUCCAUAAGUGUCAAACGAUCUGCUGGUAGCAAGUCAGAAAGGAGGUCAAGACUGAUGCCUGGUGUGGCUCAGUCCAGGCUGAGGCUGACACAUAAACAGCAACGAAAAGAAUCUUCAAGCCAUUCAUUACGCCAUUCAUUACGCCAUUCCUCUCCAGCUUAUCAGACACGGAUGGACAGGCAAGAAAAAGGAUUUACAGAGUGGAUUACUUUUAUGCUGGCAGCACCCAACAUAUUACAAUCAAUAACAACAGAUUUUGGAGAGAUUGAUUUUUCUGAUUUAUCAUCAAAGAAGUCAAUGAUCACAAGGCAUUAUCUGAAGAGCACUAGCCUUUUACGUUUACGGCAAAGUGCCGCUGUCUUAUAUCGAUCAGUGCCUGUUCAAGAAGGUUUAACAAGUGUCAAGAAACAAAUUGAUUUUGGCCACUUACAAGUGAAAAAAGAUGUGCAGCUACAUGCAGAUUUGGGAAUCAGGAACGAAGUUUUACAGCUGCUAAUGUGUUACGACCCUUUGUGGCUACAACUUGGGCUUGAGAUUGUGUUUCGAGAGAUGAUGGUUGUUCCAGACAGAAAUGCAGAUUCUGUGUUGGUUGGGUUCAUAAAUGAUCACUUGUUCUACAACCACGACAUUGCAGCAUUGUACACGAGUCCUUCUAAUGUCUAUUCGUUCUUGCCAGGUUACGAUGAUGCUAUGAAUCAGUACAUUCUACUGAAAUUCCUAUCUUUGGUUCUAUUCCUUGACAAAUCAAAGCUUACUCGACUGAUCGACCACAAUCCGUGUCUAUUCAGAAAAGAGUCACGCAUCAAGUCAAGCCGAGACGUACUGAUUAAGUUUACCUGCCACAUUUUGGUUGGUGAGGGCGACAUCACGGUUGAUCUCAAUCGCAGGAAGUACACAGUGCCAUAUCACCAGAGUGUUGUUGAUGAGUAUGAUUUCUUGGUUUCUAAUCUUGCCACGGACCUUCGAAAUGGCAUCGUGCUUGUUCGUUUGGUAGAAAUCGUGACUAACGACUGGUCUCUUUCAAAACAAGUCAAAUUGCCAGUCGUCAAUAGGCAACAAAAAGUACACAAUGUGGAAGUUGCUCUGAAGUGCCUUAGAAACCACAAAGUUGAAAUUGGUCGAGUCAGCGCAGAGAACAUAGCAGAUGGCUACAGGGAAAGAACCAUUGAGCUACUGUGGAGAAUUAUUUUGCAUUGCAAGGUUUCUAUUUUGGUGAAUGAGGAGAAGCUAAAGGAUGAGAUACAAUACAUUAGAAAGCAAUAUGAAGUUCACCGUACCACACGUUUAUCAGAUGAUUGCGAUUUGACAGUCUAUUUCCAAUCAUCUAGACUUGAGCUUCUAUUGAAGUGGUGUCAGGUUAUCUGUCAGCAAUAUGGACUAAAAGUGAGUAACUUUACUUCUUCAUUCUCCGAUGGUCGUCCGUUUUGCUAUAUCAUUCAUCAUUAUUUUCCAUCGAUGAUAUCCCUGGAUGACAUAUCUUCUGAAGAAACAAUGACAAGCACAUCCGAGGAUGUAGAAAGUGAAGCAUUUCCGGAUGUGUGUGAUAAGGCAUGGUCAUAUACGUUCAGUCCAACCAUGGGCAAAGCUAAUCCCUUUCAUACCAGGAAGAUGUCGAUUGCAAGGGCAAACUUUGCCUUGGCUGCUAGAGCUAUGACCGACUUGGGUGCCAUUCCAGUGAUGAGCCCAUCUUACGACGAGCCACAUGACAAGCCAGAUGAACGCAUUAUGAUAACGUCUGUGGCAUAUUUGUACAAUCGUCUAAUCGAGUUAAAACAAGAAGUCAGAGCAGCAUCCAUCAUACAACGGGCAUGGAGACUCAAGAAUAAAGAAAAACAGAAAUUGGUAAAUGCUGCUAUCUGUAUUCAACGUUGCUGGAAGGGAUUCUUAGCAAGAAAAGCGUGCAAAAAGGUGACGCAAGCUGUUGUUACCCUUCAACGGGCUUUCCGUUUGUCGCAAAAUGCAAAGGGUGAACGACUGCGUUACAAAGCUGUCAUUUGUUUGCAAACGAAUGUGCGAUGUUGGCUUGCAUUUCGAGCAUUUAAUGCUCAGAAAAAUGCUGCUGUAACCAUUCAGACAGCAUUCAGAGCUUAUCAAAUGAAGAAAAAGUACAAUGAUUUGCGGUUGGCAGUUGUGGUUAUGCAGCAUCGUUAUCGACUAACUUGUUUGAUGAGACAGACAGUCAUUGAGUAUCGAGCCAUUCGUUCAGCUGCUGUGUGCAUCCAGGCUUUCACACGAGGAUGGUUAGUGAGAAAACUGUUUGUCAAGAAGCACCAGCAAGCGACUGUUGUUCAAAAAGUGUGGAGAGCAAGAUGCAAGCGGAACACAUACUUGGCCAUUCAGAGAGCAGCAUUGUGGAUGCAGAGACGAGUGCACGCUAAUCGACUUUGUCGUGACGAUCGUUUGAACUACCUGUUACAGAAGCGUGCUGCUAUCGUUGUCCAAAGUGUUUUUAGAAGGUGGCAUGUUAGGAAGGAGGUUGACGAAUGGCACAGCGCGGCUACGGUGAUUCAAACAGUCUGGAGAGCUCAUGUCAAUCGGCGACAAUUUGUUGCUUUGAAAGAGGCUGCUGUUGCACUUCAGAGGAAUGUUCGAUCCAAUCAGGAAUGUCGUCGUCAACAUAGAUUGUUUGUCUCACUUCGUAGAGCUGCAGUUGUUAUACAGAAUGCAUUCAGAGGAGCACAAGUUAGAAAGAGAGAGAGAGCAGCGACAACAAUUCAGACCUUAUGGAGAGCUUAUUCAGCCAGAUGUCGAUAUUGGGCAGUUAGGAACUUUAUAGUAAAACUGCAGAGACGUGUUCGAGCUGUUCAGGCUGGAAACAAGCAACAUCAAAUCUUCCUGGUGCAUCGACAGGCUGCUGUUACAGUUCAAAGUGCAUUCAGAGGCUGGAAGGCAAGACGACUGCUUCAUUUGCUGCACAAUUCUGCAGUAAUCAUUCAAGCAAGGUGGAGAUGCUAUACAACAAGACAUUCAUUUGUGGCAUUGAAACGAGCUGUGACCGCAAUACAAGUUCGAGUGAGGGCAAAUUGUCUUUGUCGCUCACAGAAAACUCAAUUUAAUUGUCUUCGUGAUGUCGUUAUUGGAAUGCAGAGUAGAGUGAGAGGAAAUGCAGUUAGAAGACAUAUGAGAUGUCAACAAAUUGCGGCUACAACAAUUCAAACUGCAUGGAGGGCACAUGCAGCAACAGAGUCAUUUAUGCGCUUGAAGGUUGCUAUUCUUACAAUGCAGAGAAGGUUUAGAGCUAAUCAAUUGUGUCAACAAGCUUGCAAUCAGUUUGCAAAUAUCAAGCAGUCGGUCAUUACAAUCCAAAGUGCAUACAGAGGCUGGCGGGUGAGGAAACAGAUGCAGAAUCAACAGGCAACUGCUGUGGUGAUACAAAGAGCUUGGAAGACACACUUGGUUCAAACAUCUUUUCUUCGCUUGAAGGCAACAACAGUGACAGUACAGAGACGAAUUCGAGCUGUUCAGACUGGAAACAAGCAACGUCAACUCUUCCUGGUGCAACGACAGGCUGCUGUUACAGUUCAAAGUGCAUUUAGAGGCUGGAAGGCAAGACGACUGAUUCAUUUUCUGCACCAAUCUGCAACGAUUGUUCAAGCAAGGUGGAGAUGCUAUACAGCAAGAUGUUCAUUUGUGGCAUUGAAACGAGCUGUGACCGCAAUACAAGUUCGAGUGAGGGCAAAUUGUCUUUGUCGCUCACAAAAAAUUCAAUUUAAUCGUCUUCGUGAUGUCGUUAUUGGAAUGCAGAGUAGAGUGAGAGGAAACGCAGUUAGAAGACAUAUGAGAUGUCAACAAAUUGCGGCUACAACAAUUCAAACUGCAUGGAGGGCUCAUGCAGCAACACAGUCAUUUAUGCGAUUGAAGGUUGCUAUUCUUACAAUGCAGAGAAGGUUUAGAGCUAAUCAAUUGUGUCAACAAGCUUGCAAUCAGUUUGCAAAUAUCAAGCAGUCGGUCAUUACAAUCCAAAGUGCAUACAGAGGCUGGCGGGUGAGGAAACAGAUGCAGAAUCAACAGGCAACUGCUGUGGUGAUACAAAGAGCUUGGAAGACACACUCGGUUCAAACAUCUUUUCUUCGCUUGAAGGCAACAACAGUGACAGUACAGAGACGAAUUCGAGCUGUUCAGACUGGAAACAAGCAACGUCAACUCUUCCUGGUGCAACGACAGGCUGCUGUUACAGUUCAAAGUGCAUUUAGAGGCUGGAAGGCAAGACGACUGAUUCAUUUUCUGCACCAAUCUGCAACGAUUGUUCAAGCAAGGUGGAGAUGCUAUACAACAAGACGUUCAUUUGUGGCAUUGAAACGAGCUGUGACCGCAAUACAAGUUCGAGUGAGGGCAAAUUGUCUUUGUCGCUCACAAAAAAUUCAAUUUAAUCGUCUUCGUGAUGUCGUUAUUGCAAUGCAGAGUAGAGUGAGAGGAAACGCAGUUAGAAGACACAUGAGAUGUCAACAAGUUGCGGUUACGACAAUUCAAACUGCAUGGAGGGCACAUGCAGCAAGACAGUCACUCGUACUCUUGAAGGUUGCUGUUCUUACAAUGCAAAGAAGGUUUAGAGCUAAUCAAUUGUGUCAACAAGUUUGCAAUCAGUUUGCAAAUAUCAAGCAGUCGGUCAUUACAAUCCAAAGUGCAUACAGAGGCUGGCGGGUGAGGAAACAGAUGCAGAAUCAACAGGCAGCUGCUGUGGUGAUACAAAGAGCUUGGAAGACACACUCGGUUCAAACAUCUUUUCUUUGCUUGAAGGCAGCAACAGUGACAGUACAAAGACGAGUUCGAGCUGUUCAGACUGGAAACAAGCAACGUCAACUCUUCCUGGUGCAACGACAGGCUGCUGUUACAGUUCAAAGUGCAUUUAGAGGCUGGAAGGCAAGACAACUGAUUCAUUUGCUGCACCAAUCUGCAACGAUUGUUCAAGCAAGGUGGAGAUGCUAUACAACAAGACAUUUAUUUGUGGCAUUGAAACGAUCUGUGACCGCAAUGCAAGUUCGAGUGAGGGCAAAUUGUCUUUGUCGCUCACAGAAACUUCAAUUUAACCAUCUUCGUGAUGUCGUUAUUGGAAUGCAGAGUAGAGUGAGAGGAAAUGCAGUUAGAAGACAUAUGAGAUGUCAGCAAAUCGCAGCUACAACAAUUCAAACUGCAUGGAGGGCACAUACAGCAAAACAGUCAUUUAUGCUCUUGAAGGUUGCCAUUCUCACAAUGCAAAGAAGGUUUAGAGCUAAUCAGUUGUGUCAAAAAGUGCACAAUCAGUUUGCAAAUAUCAAGCAGUCGGCCAUUACAAUCCAAAGUGCAUACAGAGGCUGGUGGGUGAGGAAACAGAUGCAGACUCAACAGGCAGCUGCCGUGGUGAUUCAAAGAGCUUGGAAAGCAGUUGCAGUUCGAACAUCAUUUGUUCGCUUGAAGGCAACAACUGUUGCAUUGCAGAGACGUAUUCGAGCUAUUCAGGCUGGAAACAAGCAACGUCAAAUCUUCUUACUAAAACAACAGGCUGCUGUUACAGUUCAAAGUGCAUUCAGAGGCUGGAAGGCAAGACAACUACUUCAUUUGCUGCACAAUUCUGCAGCAAUCAUUCAAGCAAGGUGGAGAUGCUAUACAACAAGACGUUCAUUUGUGACACUGAAACAAGCUGUGAGUGCAAUGCAAGUUUUAGUGAGGGCAAAUUGUCUUCGUCACUCACAGAAAACUCAAUUUAAUCGUCUUCGUGCUGUUGUUAUUGCAAUGCAGAGUAGAGUGAGAGGAAACGCAGUUAGAAGACAUAUGAGAUGUCAACAAAUCGCAGCUACAACAAUUCAAACUGCAUGGAGGGCACAUACAGCGAAACAGUCAUUCAUGCUGUUGAAGGUUGCUGUUCUCACAAUGCAGAGAAGGUUUAGAGCUAAUCAAUUGUGUUGCCAAGUUUACAAACAUUUUACAAAUAUCAAGCAGUCAGUCAUUACCAUCCAGAGCACAUACAGAGGCUGGAGGGUGAGGAAGCAGAUGCAGACUCAACAGGCAGCUGCCGUGAUGAUUCAAAGAGCUUGGAAGACAUAUUCGGUUCGAAAAUCUUUUCUCCGCUUGAAGGCAACAGCAGUAACAUUACAGAGAAGUAUUCGAGCUAACUGGUUAUGUUGUGAACAGCAGCGUCAGUACACACAACUCAAACAAGCAGCCAGUACCAUUCAGAGUGCAUUUCGAGGUUUCUUGGUCAGACAAGAAUUGAAGAAGAAGCACAGAGCAGCUGUUUUAGUACAAACUGCUUGGAGAGCUCAUAGAGAUCGGCAGAAGUUUGUUAACUUGAAACGAAUUACUACUUCACUUCAGAAUAUUAUCAAAGCCAAUCAGCAAUGCCGUCAUCAACGUCACUUGUUUGUUCAGCGUUGUAAGGCUACAGUUACUAUACAGAGUGCCUUUAGAGGAGCAAAAGUUAGAAAGGAACUUCAAAAGAAAGAGAGAGCAGCAAUAAUGAUUCAGACGUUGUGGAGAGGUUUUGCUGUGAGAUGUCAUUAUCAGUUAACUAAAGAAGUUGCUUUAUUUCUACAGAGUCGUAUCAGAGCAAUUCAGGUUGGCCACAAACAACGCCAGCACUUCUUGAUGCAAAAACAUGCUGCUGUUCGGAUUCAAUGUGUGUUUAAGGGCUGGAAAGCAAGGCAACAACUACAAGCUCAACACAAAGCAGCCACAGUCAUUCAAGCCUCGUGGAAAUGCCAUAAAAGAAGGAAAUCAUAUAUUGCCAUGAGAAAAGCUGUUGUUUCUAUGCAAGUUCAAGUGAGAGUAAAUCAACUCUGUCGACUGCAAAGGACACGGUUCAAUCACUUGCGUAAAGGCACAAUAAUGGUGCAAAGUAGAGCAAGAGGAAAUGCAGUAAGAUGGCAUUUGAGGUCUCAACAUAAAGCAGCCACAACAAUCCAAACUGUGUGGAGAUCAUAUUCGGCAAGACAUCAAUAUCAGACUAUGAAGAGAGCUACAAUACAAUUGCAGAGCAUUGUUCGAACCGUCCAGGCUGGGAGAAAACAACGAAAACUGAACUUGCUGCAGCAACAUUGUGCUCUUACAAUUCAGCGUUGCUUCAAGACAUGGAAGGCACGGAAGUCACACCUGCAUACAGCAACAACCACUACACAGGCUGCUUCUGAAGCUACACUUGCAGCUCAAACAAAUCUUGCUCUUGAGUGGCUCUUAACAACAAGAAGCAUGUCAAAAAUUCACGACGCCAUAACAGAUCUUCAGGUGGCUACGAGUCAAUCGCCCGAAUGUUGUGCAAAACUCAUCCGGGAAGGUGGUAUUCAUAUUAUGUUUGGGGUCAUGUCAAGAUGUAAUCGAAGCGUACCUAAUCAAGACAUAUUUUCGAAAGCCUGUAACAUUGUCCUCAAUGUUGCUAAGGUUUCUUCAAUAGCCGUGGCUCGACAACACGACUGUGUGAGAAAUAUAAUCCGAUUUCUAGACACGCGUCGACUGCACAGCGCCAUUUGCCCAACCCUCUGCAACUUAUUAGUACUGCUUAGUAGAAUACCCGAGUCCAAGACAGAGAUGAUUUUGGAACGAAACCGAAAAAAGAUUAUUGAGAUGCAUCACGACUUGGAAAGAAAGCUCACUCUACAGCAAGAGCGAAGCAGAGUUGCUAUGGUUGAUGUAAGUCACAGAAUUACGAGAUCGAUGCACAUGCAAGGAGGAGGGCUGCGGAUCUCAAACAUUGCACAAUGUUUUCAUGCCAUAAAACAACUAAUGAAAUCACUAGAUUUAAUGUAAACAUUUACUUGACUUUGAGGGACAACAAGUCAUAAUGAAGCGUAACUGUAACUUGUUGGGGACGGGGAGAAAUAAGGAUGUGUUACUGGGUUGCAUAUAAUGUUAUCAAGUCAAUCAUGAUUAGAUUCUAAAACUCGAGUUUGCCAAUGGCUGUACAUGUUGCAAUCCAUUCUUCUGUGAUUUCUUCAACGUUUAUCUCUGUAAACCAAAGAUCAUUUUGAGC